AUGGGUGAUAAGUCAGAGACAUCAACUGACAUUGAUCAGUUGAUCAAGCAAGAGGCUGAACGGGUAUUCAAACACAUAUCUACAGAUCUGGUCAGUCGGAACUUUGAUGAAUUCGACAUUGCGGAUACUUAUGAGUAAGUUUUUUCAAUUUUGUUUGUUUUAUCUUUAGGAUUUUCUAACGACAUUGUCAUCAUAUUGAUGUUAUUAACUGAUCUUGUUGAAGAUUUUUAUAAAAUCUUCCUGUUUUAGAAUAGAAGAUAGUGUGGUAGAUUCCCUUGAUCUUAUUAGUGAAAUACCUGAUUGUGGUUCUUUUCCAACCACACUUCAGCCGAUUUUGGACAGAGAAAGUGGUUUAAUCGUGGGUUUUGAGGAGCAAUGGAAUCAAGAAGCCGAGAUCGUCGCCGAUGCUUCCCAUUCUAUGUCAAUGAGUCGAGCUCCAGACCCGGAGGCGUUUGGCAAGAUCAAGGGAAAGUCAGGCAAUAUUCCAUUUGUUCCCGGAGGGUUUGACGCUAGCUCUCUCAGCGACAUUCUAAAAGAUCCUCAUUCGGUUGCUGAAGGUGAAGAUGAAUCGAAGUUUGUUGAUUUUGAAGGUAUGUUUUUUUUGUUUUAGUUAUAUAUUUAGAAAAUUUAAGCCUGGUAAAUUAGAAUUGGUUUGUUUUAGUUCUACUUGAUCAGCCAAUAGGCUUUACCGAGAGGAUAUCUGUGCCAGAGACUGCAGAACCAUUAGAAGGCCACGACAAUUCCGAAUAUGAAUUAUUAGAAAACGUGUCAGCUCCACCGGGAUUUGCAAAAAAGCCAGAUGUUAUCACUGCCGAAGAGCUACAUGAUAUCAAAACGAAUGUUGUAGAUACGACUUUAGAAGAAGAAAAACAUUUGUUCAAUGUUGAGGAUGAUGAUGUGGCAGAGGAACUGGAAACUCUUGCUGUGAAUGAAGAAGAUGAUUUGUCAGUUGAAGUUACUCCGGAAAUGGCCGAGUUUACUCAUGCUACAAUAUUGGAUGAAGUGAAGGUGAAGGAGAAGUUUGAGACAUUAAGGCCAGAGCUAGUCAAAGAAUACCCGUUUGAGUUGGAUACCUUCCAGAAAAGUGCUGUUGUGGCUAUGGAAGCGGGCAAUUCAGUUUUUGUAGCCGCUCAUACUUCUGCUGGAAAGACCGUAGUAGCCGAUUAUGCGAUUGCUUUGGGACAGCUACAUAAAACAAGGUGAGAUAUGGGAUAUCAUUUAGAGAUUUUAAGGUUUAUUUUAUGACUUUAGCAAUCUUAAAUUCAGAAUUACAUUCACAAAUGCUAAUUGAAUGCCCAUGACUUCGCAUUUUGCUGUUAAUGUUUUUGUAGCUUUGUAUUUUGUAUUUUAAUACCUAAAUUUUAGAGUAAUCUACACAUCUCCAAUCAAAGCCUUAUCGAAUCAAAAGUUUCGGGAGUUCAAGAACGCCUACAGUGAUGUCGGUUUGAUUACGGGUGAUAUUCAAUUAGAAACAGAUGCUUUUUGUUUGGUAAUGACAACAGAAGUGUUGAGAUCGAUGUUGUACAAUGGGUCAGAGACUAUCAGAGAGUUGGAAUGGGUAAUAUUCGACGAAGUUCAUUACAUUAACGACGAGGAGAGAGGGCAUGUGUGGGAAGAGGUGCUGAUCAUGUUGCCAGCUCAUGUUAAGAUUGUCAUGCUGAGUGCUACAGUACCUAAUUGCAUGGAGUUUGCUGACUGGGUUGGGUAGGUUAAAAGACGAUUUUAAAAUUUAAAAAACAAAAAUUUUCAUUGUAAAAUACGUGGUAACGCCUUGGCGUCUUCAACUAACACUUUUUUAUAAUACCUUUUUAGCCGCAUUAAACAACGCAUGAUUACUGUAAUCCAGACGUUCAAACGACCAGUGCCACUUGAGCACUUCAUUUAUACGGGACAAAAUGCCAAAACUCGAGAUCAAAAGUUUUUGAUCAAAGAUGCUGAUAGCAAUAUGCAUCCAGAAAACUAUCAGAAAGCUAAAGAAGCGAAAGAAAAGAUUAAUCGACCGGUAGAUCCAAAAAGCAUGAAGCCUCCACAACAACAGAAUCAAAGAGGUGGCGGUACGGGAGGUGGAAACAGGAAUUUACAGGUAAAUUUCAGCUAUUUUUGAAAUUUUUGAGGUUAAAUGAUUCAUAAUUAAAAUUUUUUGAAUUUUUGUACCAUUUUUUUGUAAAGUACGACAGUCUUUCAAUUUUCUAUUUCAGCAAAAGCAACAAAAGUUCCAAAACUACCGUCUAAAUCAACAAGUGAAUCAAGCUCGUCAUCAAGGUGGUGGUCACAAUUCUGGCGGGUCCAACAAGUCCAUCUACACUCAUUUGAUCUACUAUCUCAAUGAAAAUGUACUCGUACCGGCUGUCAUUUUUGUAUUCUCGAGAAAGCGAUGUGAUGAAUAUGCAAAUAUGCUCCAUUCUGUUGACUUGACUACCGAAUCAGAGAAGAAUCACAUAAACACCUUCUUCAAGAAGGUUAUCGACCGGUUGAAAGGGAGUGACAAGGAUCUACCUCAAGUGCUUCAGAUGCGAUCGCUGUGUGUUCGUGGCUUUGCUGUACAUCACUCUGGCAUAUUACCCAUCUUGAAGGAGGUGGUCGAGCUGUUGUUUCAACGAUGUUUGGUCAAAGUUUUAUUUGCGACAGAAACCUUUGCCAUGGGAGUUAAUAUGCCUGCCAGAACGGUCGUAUUUGAUGAGAUGGAGAAGUUCGAUGGACUACGGAGAAGAGAUCUGAAUCCAACCGAGUACGUGCAGAUGGCUGGCAGAGCAGGAAGAAGAGGGUUGGACAAGACUGGCAUUGUUCUGAUUCUGACAAAGGCUACUAUACCUCCAAUACUUCAAUUCAACCAACUUCUGAUGGGUAAAGCGGUCAGGUUGGAGAGCAAGUUCAGGGUCACAUACACUAUGUUGUUGAAGUUGAUGAGAGUAGAACAGCUGAAGGUGGAGGAUGUACUGAAGAGGUCGUAUGUUGAGAGAAGUGCCUUGAGGCUGGUUAAUGAAAGGGAAAGCAAGAUUGUUGAAGUAGGUACAGGAUAUUUUAAAAAUUGCAUUUUUCGUAACUUACCACAAUAGGCUUCUACUUUUUUAAGUAUAUGUAGAUACCAGAUGUAGGCGACUGAUAAGGAAAGUUACUUUCAGCUUCGUCAAAAAAUAGAUGCCAUGUCGGACCUAGACUGUGAAUCCUGUGCCAAAUCUGAAGCUUUUGGAAAAACUUCGGCCGAAACUUUAUUGUACGACCUUAAUGCUUACUUUGAUAUGUGGAAGAAAUUAUGGACAGAGUUCGAAAAUGUGGAUUCGGUUAGGAAAACGCUACAAAAAGGCAGAAUCUUACUGAUCUCGUACCCAGCUUUGGGUAUUUGGGGCCGAUUGGCUGUUGUUUUGGAAGUAGGUUAUCUUUCUUGUUUUGGUCUAUAUGAUAUUAGUCUUUUAUGGUGGUAUUUUGACUAAAUUUGGCACUUUAUGUACUAAAAAUGUUUUAAAUUUGUUUUUUGAGCGUUCUUUGUAUAAUAAUGCAUAAUAUUUUCAGCAAAAAGCCAACGAACACGACCAAAUUCGCCUGAACGUGAUGAUAUCAGCUGAUGAAAAAGAAUUAGAAACAGAAGAUCUGGCACUAAAAAAGUGGAAAGACAUCAGCGCGGAGGAAAAACGAAGAAAAGAAAGGUCUUUGUACCUAAACACCGUAGCCAAACGAGGUAUCUUUGCCGUGGAUCCUGACAGUUUCCGUCAGUCCUACAGACUCAUCGAAGACCUUGAACUCACAAACAUCAUCGCGGUAUGUAAAGCCAACUCAAAGAGUGUAGAAGUCGACAACAUCAAAAAGGAGAAUGACAGAAGAAAGAUGAGUGUGAAGGCAAGAACCCCUGACAGAUGUGUGACAAGAGUCGUGGUCGAGUUGGUGACAUUCAGUGAACAAUGGACACUAACAGGACCACCAGUAUCGUUACCUGGAAGGGAUAUGAAGAUUCAGGAAGUGAAUUUGUUCGAAGAGGCACAGAAAUUGAAUGAAUUGGUCGAUUUACUGGUUGGUAAAGAGGGCUAUGAAUGUAGGAAGUGCGACGACUUUGAAGAACAUGUAAGUUUGGAGUUUCAUUUUGCAUUUUAACUAAUCUUAUCAUUGUUUUUAACAAGUUAUUUCAUCUUUAAAUGGCUUCACCUUUCUAUUUUAGUUCGCCCAAGUGAAAGAUCGCCAAGUUGUAGCCGACGAACUCACCGACCUAAUGUUCCGAACCUCAGCUGACGGUCUUCAGCUCUCAGAUGAAUACAAAAAACGAAUUUCAAUCCUAAAACAGUUGAACUACAUUGACAAGAACAAUGUCGUAAACCUGAAGGGAAAGGUGGCUUGUGAGAUCUCUCACAUGGAAAUGCUGAUAACCGAAUUGAUUUUGGAUAACCAUUUCGAAAACAAAACUCCAAGUGAAAUCGCUGCCAUGUUUUCAGCUUUAACGUGCCAAUUCACGGAUCAGAACACUGACGCUGAGGAGGCAAAGUUCAUCAAUCCGAGGAUGAAAGAUGUAAGUUAAGAUUUUUGGAGAAUGAAAGAGAUAAUUUUAGAGUUUGUUGGGGUUUAGACAUAUUAUAGUGUAUCGACCACAUAAACAUAUCUAAAACUGAAUAAUUUUUAAUUUUUUCAGGUCCAAAAAUAAUUUUAAAUUUUAAUGAUUCUCAUUUUAGCUCAAGAAAGAGAUCCUCGACGUAACCCGCCGCUUUGACGACGCCCAAAUCUCGAACGAAGUGGUGAGCUCAUUAAUCGAGCCAGAACUCAAAUUCGGCCUAAUGGAUGCGGUCUUCGAAUGGGCCGAAGGGAAACCGUUCAAAGAGAUUAUGCAAAUGACCUCAUGUCAAGAAGGCAUCAUCGUCAGGUGCAUUCAGCGUCUCGACGAAGUCUGUAAAGACGUUCGGAACGCGGCCCGAAUUAUCGGAGACCCGAUCCUAGCCAGGACGAUGGAAGAAACCAGUGCUAUAAUCAAAAGAGACAUUGUGUUUGCUGCCAGUCUCUACACUACCGAUGACAUGUGA